AACAAACCUAACGACUAACGGAGGUUAACGGAGCAUUCCGUUUUAGUACUAUUCUCCGUCUCUUUCCCAACUUCCUGUAGCUAUACAUCUGACUGAUCUUUGACGUCGAUGACUACGACGAUGACGGCGACUUCCACAAAGAUAUUAACAAGUUUGGUAGAUAGAUAAUAAUAAUAAUAAUACUAGUCUCCACUCAUCAACUCUCUAGGGUUUAAUCCAGUCCUAAUGGCGUUCACCUUGUUCAUCGGAAGGCUCCUCUUUGCUUCUUUCUUCAUAUUAUCUGCUUAUCAACUGUAUCUUGAAUUUGGAACUGACGGAGGACCAGUUGUAAAGGUUCUUGAACCAAAACUUAAUGUGUUCACUAAACUGGUUACCCUCAAAACUGGCAUAAAAGUUCCUGAAGUCGAUACUAAACACGUCGUUGUGGCAAUGAUUGUCCUUCAAGGCUUUGGUGGCGUUGCUUUCAUCUUUGGUAGCUAUCUUGGUGCCAUUUUGCUGGCGCUACACCAGCUUAUUUUUACACCUGUAUUGUAUGAUUUCUACAACUAUGAUGUUGACGAAACAGAAUUCAGUCAACUUUUUUCAAAGUUCACACAGCAGGAUAUGGCUUUGCUGGGGGCCUUGUUGUAUUUCAUAGGGAUGAAACACUCGAUAUCGCUUCGGAAAUCAAGGAAAACUCCGAAGGCGAAAACAAACUAGUUGUGACCUUAGUGUCAAGUGUUUAGUUUAAACAAUAUACGUAAACUCUGGAUUAUAAUUGGCUAUUGAAUUGUAUCAAUUUAUUAACCCAUACACAUUACAGGACUAGUGGGGGUGAUUCAUAUUGAAUGUUCUAUUUCUUUUCAGCGUUGA